AUGUCGAAUUCAAAUUCAUCAACAGUUAAUUCAACACCAGUUGAUCUUCAUGCUUUAUCUGAAGUAACUACGAAACCACAUUCAUUCAAGCAAAAUCCAAAUAGGAAAGUUAUACCAAAUAGGAGAUAUAAACCAAGUAGACAGUUAAUUAGUGAUGAAAUUAAGUAUUUACAAUCAUUACCGAAUUUAAAAUUUGAUAGUCUGACUUAUGUAUCUGUUACUAGUCCACCUUCGUUAUUACCUAGAAAACAUUAUUGUGAUAUUACUGGAUUGAAAGGCAGUUAUAAAGCUCCAUCAAAUCAAUUAAGAUUUCAUAAUGUUGAAAUUUAUCAAGAAGUUAUUAAAAAUUUACAACCUGGUAUUGAUCAAGAAUAUUUAGGAUUAAGAGGUGCUAAUGUUAUAUUGAAAUAG